AUGGCUACUUCGCCAAAACAGGUGAACGGGAAUGGCUCAAACAGCAAUAGUUCGCUCGGGAAGCGGAAGAAAACUCGGAAUAGUAAAGCAUCAUACCUAUCGAAAUGGCUAGACAAGAGUAUGCAUCAUAUACAAGAGUCGACGCCCAGUAUGGAGAUGUACGAUUCUUCUAUGUUAGGUUUGAAUUGGCCGAACACGUCGCAGUUCGCGCCUGGCUUCGAUCCCUACCGAUAUGGAAUGUACGGAUGCGCGGAGCCAAUGUCGCUGCCUACUCUGCCCACAUACUACAGCCCAAAUCAUGUCUACACUCCAGAAUACCGCUUUAUGCAACACAAGAGUGUGCAAGUACAGAGACCGAGACGUCGCCGUGAACAUAAAGCUGAAGAUGUAACUACUCCUAAUACCACUCCUAAUGGUACAUUAAACUAUCAACAGCCAAAGAAUUUUACCGAUAGCCAGGAUUUUACGAGUUUACCGCCAAUAGUGACCUCUGUGGGUGACACAAACUCGAAUAGUGACAUGAAUAUAAAUGAGAAAGAUGACGUGAGUAACACCCGGCGGUACAGUGAUCCUUGCGUUCAAGGUCUGCCUGAUGUGGCCAGACCAGCCAAUGGAGAGGUUGAUACUAGUUCUGAGAGUGGUUCUGAAUUGUCUGGCAGCCAGGUUGGGAGCAGACUGCUGAAAUGUCUGCUAGACCAGAUAUCAGCUUUAAAAAUGGCAAAUGAAAGACUGAACAAAGAUCUAAUGGAUGCUAGAGCGGAACUGGAAGCCUUCCGGCAGCAAAACGGGAUGUUCCACAAAGGCACUAGUUCCAACAUAGGCGCCGUACCAAACCAUACACCUCAUAAUGGUAUUUUGAACGGGCAGUACACUCCAGGCUUCCUGACGGACGUAGUGCGCGAGAUAAGGGAUGCUGCGCGCGUACGCGAGGAGGCACUCUACUCGCGGAUGCGUGCCAUGCUCCUCGAAAGGACUGAUAACAGUUUGGCGUCUUCAGAGCCGAAGUUUGCAGAGAAAUCACUUGAAGAGAUCAAGAGCUCUCUGCGUGCUUCGGAAGCCGACAAGCAACGCAUGAUGGAUCGGAUCACCAAGCUCGAAGACGAACUACGCCAUCUCAGAAUUAGCAACAGCGUAGACAACAGUGACAGCUUGAAAAUAAUAAACGGGAAUCUAGAAGAUUCGGAAUCAGAGCGCGUGCGGCUUCGCAAGGAAGUCAACGAGAUGAAAAAAGCAAAGAAGCAGGCUGAGGAUCACGCUCACAAACUGGAGCGUUUGGUAACACAGCUGCGUUCGAAAUUCAACGGCCUCCAAGUGUCAAAUGGCCCAGAUUCUCUCUCUAGCGAAGCAGAACACGAAGGCCGAACACGUCGCACUAGUGUCAAUUCCAAUAAUAAUUCCACAGUUGUCUUCGGACCAGUCACUGAUUUGUAGCAGGAGCUUCCAACGAUGUUGUGCGUCCUAGCAGCGGAUAUGUUGUGCGUCCUAGCAGCGGAUAUGUUGUGCGUCUUAGCAGCGGAUAUGUUCUGGUCAUUCUUCUAUAAAGUGUUUUGAACUAUUCGUCGAAAUUCGGGUCCUUUCGGACGAACUUCACGGGUUGAUGUGAAUGCGAGUGUCAUGAUAGCUCAUUUUUUAUUUGUUUCUGAUAUAAUCAAAGCAACGAGUAUUACCAACGUGGCUCUCAAAUGUUAGACAAGGCUUUCAUGUUAGAAAUAACAAGAUUUUGCAGAUCUAUGACGCCACACGCAGUCAUGUCAAUUAGAAAA